GCAUCGAAUCAACCGUCACACGCAACUGUCAUCGCUCGAAGAUGAGGAAAACGAUUUUCAACCAUGAAGAUGGCUGACGGUUCCACGAUCCUGAGAAGAAACAGACCCGGAACCAAAGCUAAGGAUUUCUCCAGCUGGCCUGAUGAACCGUUUGAGGAGAUGGACAGCACUCUUGCGGUGCAGCAGUUUAUUCAACAGAUGAUCAAAAAAGACCCCUCCAAUGUGGAGCAGAUUCUGACAAUGCCUGAUGGGCAAGAUGAAGGUGUCUGGAAGUACGAACACCUUAGACAAUUUUGUAUGGAAUUGAACGGGCUUGCGGUGAGACUACAAACGCAGUGCUUUCCCGCAACUUGCACUCAGAUGACGGCCACCGAACAGUGGAUCUUCCUGUGUGCGGCUCACAAAACGCCAAAGGAGUGUCCGGCAAUAGACUACACGCGACACACACUAGACGGGGCCGCCUGCCUUCUCAAUAGCAAUAAAUACUUUCCUAGCAGAGUAUCAAUCAAGGAAUCGUCAGUGUCAAAGUUAGGUUCGGUUUGCCGGCGAGUUUAUCGGAUUUUUUCACAUGCUUACUAUCACCACCGACGAAUAUUCAAUGAAUUUGAGGAGGAAACGUACCUCUGCGUGCGGUUUACCCAUUUCGUCACCAAAUACUCUUUAAUGUCGAAGGAAAACCUAAUCGUUCCAAUUCCCGAGGGUGAGCUUACGCCCGGCGAAAGCGAAGCUUAAUCAUGUGGAAGUUAAACCUGUUACAUAAUAACUCUAGGACAUUUUAUUACACCCAAUACACACAAAAAUACAGUGACAGUGUUCAUCACAUUCUUAAUUUUUCCAUUCUCGUCUACGUGCUCUGUUCAUUUCAUAACUUGUUUCUAUUUUAUGUACAAUAAAUUCAUACUUGAAUUCAAACAGCUGAAAGAUUUCCUCUUCAGUCUUGGUUAUUAUCAACCUAGAAUGAAUGGGUUUGCUGCUUAUGUAAAACGCUAUUUAUAUCAUGUAUAAUUAAUCAAAAUUGUAAUCAUGGGUAUAACAUAGUUAUAUAAACAAACAAACAAAAAUUACAAAAUCGCGGAUACUAGACAUGCAUAUUGGAAACAUUCAAACUAUUUAUCCUACUGAAACCAUAAAAAAACUGUCCAAAGCUUUCCAACAGCUGACCACUAAGUAAGCAGCAAAAUUCAAACAAUAACUAACUGUAAGAAUAAUCAAACGGUAACAAAAUUUCCGUCGGAAAAAGUUGAUUAUUUAUAUUCUUAAAUUCGGAAAACAAUUUUCCCUAUCAACCUUCGCUGUGUAAUUUCCCAAUCAAGUCGGGUCUGUUCUAUCUGAUAAAGAAAAGCAACUGUAACAAAAAAACUACGAAAAACCAAAACAAACUCGUUCAUAGGGUUAAAAAUUACACGGAAUCUUAUUUGAGCAACAUACAGUAUAUGUGUCAGUUUUUUACGCUACUUGAGGUUAGAUUGUAAUAACAAAUAACAGAAACACCCGUUCGCAUAUAAUAGAAUCACAAAAUCAUAUAGGAACCGCAUGGCAAAGAGUGACCACCAAUAAAUCCAGAGGAAAAUGUUAUGCAAACGGCUUGGGAAAUGUUUACACGUGAAAAAACAGAUUAUGUAAUCUAGAAUUGAAAACAGGAAAGUCGAAUAAAACCAUUAGUAUCAUAUUAAAA